AUGCAGUAUAGUGCAGCCGGGCUGAGGAACAGGAAGAGGACGCAGAGUGUUCCAGGGAAAGACAGCGGAGGGAAGACAUCAGUCUGUCAGCAUGUCCCAGAGUCAGGGACAGGAGCACAGCAACCUGGUGCUCAUAACAAGAGGAGUGAUGCUGCAGCUUGGACCCCUCAUGAGCCACUGCUGAGCACCAGAGCUCCUGCUUCUGCACAAGUGGAGUUCUGCAACCUCUGCGUUUUCACAGUGGCUUCAGGUUUCUACUCUCCGGGAAGCAGAGCAGAGAAGGAGCUGCAGGAGCUCACAUUCUGA